AUGGUCGAAUCCGUUGCUCAACAAUUAAGCACCCUCUCCAUUUCAACAGGUCCUUUCCAAUCCGAUGGCGAACACUACAAGUUACUUAAAAACUAUGAACAAAUUGAUGCCCACGCAAAAUCUAUUCCAUCCAGUGAAACAUCUACCCUUACACAAUUGGUAACCUACCUCACUAAACCAUUCUCUAGCAUUGAGGAAAAGGCAAGAUCCAUCUUUGUCUGGAUUUGUGAAAAUGUUGUCUAUGAUGCUGAGAGUUUCCUCUCCAAUCAGCAUGCUGUCUAUGUUCCAAGUGAACACGACAAGUUCUUUAGUGAAGAUGAAAAGAAGAUGUACUGCCCAACUUCUCGUCUUACCUUCAUUCAAAAGAAGGGUGUUUGCAGUGGUUACGCAAGACUCUUCAAGAAUAUGUGUAUUCAAUCAGGCAUUCAAAAGGUAUCAUGUGUUGUUGGUUUUGCAAAGCUUGUUGGUUUCAAUCCUUUGAAUCCAGUAGAUAUUAAGGAAUCAAACCAUGAAUGGAAUGCUGUUGAACUUGAAGACGGAUCUCUCAGAUUGAUUGAUGCUUGUUGGGGAGCUGGUGUUUUGGGCGGAUCAUCAUUCCAAAAGAUUUUCACAUCAAGAUACUUCUUCAUGAGCCCAAAUGAAAUGAUUGCUUCCCACUAUCCAGAAGAUCCAAAAUUGCAAUUAAUUUCACCACCUGUUAGUCCUGAUGAUUUCGUUAAUAGAGUUCGUAUCAAACUUAAAGCUGCCUCUGCUCGUGUUGAUGGUCACAAUAUUAUUAUCAGUGUUUGUGUUCCACAACCUGGUGUUAUUUACCAACUUUCCAUUUUUGCAGGUGUUAGAAAGUGUGAAGAAAUGUUGACUUAUUUCGUUAGAGUUGAAGGUGGAGCUAAUAUUGAGGAAGUUUCCUAUCCAUCUGAAUACGGCUCUUGGAAGACCUAUGCUGGUGAAUUAAUUUCACCAAAAACUGGUAAAAUGAAAGUUGGCACAACCUAUUCAUUCAAGAUUCAAUUCCCAGCUGAUAAAAUGGUUGCCAUGGUAAUGAUACCACCAAGUGAUCAACUUGUUUCUAAGGGAAAUGGUUUGUUUGAAGGUGAAUACACCCCAACAGCCCCAGGAAAAGUCAAUCUUGUUGGUGGUUCUGGAUCUAGACUUGAAGGACUAUUGGCUUUCGAUGUUGUAUAA